UGUAAGCAGACCUGGCAGCAUCAGGUUGCAUCUUUCUACCUAUUGGCAUGUGUGAUACUUUAUCUGUAGACUGGUCAUGAAUCAUUUAGGAUGGCAGGGAAAGGGCUUCCUGUAUGCCUUUGAAAGUCUCUGAGCCCUGGACAGCAGACAGAGAUGAUGUGCCUCUGCUGGCCUUCGCUGCUUUACUGGUUAUUCACACUUAACACGGCCAUUGGAUCAAACAUAACUCUGAGACUUUCUGAAAGAUCUUCCUGCAGACCAGGAUUUUACUGCCUGGAAGGAGGCGAGGGUCCCAUUCCCUGUCCCAGAGGAACGUUUGGGCCAAGUUCCUGGGCCACAACCAUAAACAGCUGUAUCAGCUGCCCACCACACCACUAUGGGCCUAGGGAAGGCUUGAGCAAUUGCCUGCCCUGUGGGCCUUGGUCACAUCAGCCUCAGCCGGGACAGGACAGCUGUACAUGUCUGCAAGAAGGUCAAGUCUUCCAGGCCAGUGAUGGGCAGUGCGCCUGUAUGUUGGGAUACACAAUGAAAGGAGAAGCCUGUGUGCUGAACGUCUACGAGAUUUGCAAAGACGGAAGAGCACGUAACCAGCAUGGAGACUGUCUGGACCACAAACAAUGGAAGCAGUAUUGCUCACAGCAGGUGUGUUCAUCCCCUGACCUGUAUGAGGGUUAUGAGUCUCUUGGGUUGUGUAUGUGCAGAGGUUUGCCCAGGUCUGAGCCGGACAAGGCUGAAUGUGCAGGCUGGUGCCGGAGCCUUGUCACUCCGGUUCUACAACUGGUUUGCACUGGAAGUCUUUACUUGCUCUACACUGAGGCUAAUCAACAGGUCAGUCCUGUUGACCACACAGAUCUUAGUGAGCGUUGUCAGAAAGCAUGCUUGAGAGCGUCCUCAAACACUGGGACUCCCGAGGGAGCUUUGAAAUGCAGUACGCAGAUCAACUUCUCCAGGCCGGUGUACACCGUUCAGACGGGCGAGGCGGGUUUUAUUGGACUGCUCAAUUCUGUCCCUGUGGAGGUCCAGGAGGAUGAUUCUGGCACACAGAGACAGCUUGUACAACAUAAUGCUGCGUUUGACUGGGGAGCCUUCAGAUUACUUCAUCAUGAUCAGCAGCUGGACAGACCUGCCCACUCUCUGUUCUCCAUCAGUCUCCAUGAGCCCGGCGUUUACACCUUCAAACUCAGCAGCCAGAAGUACAGACACAUGUAUGUGAGGGUGGUUCCUGCAGGUGGAGAGUGUUAUGACACUGGGCCUUUCUUCCCUUCUGACACACACCAUUUGACCCGCAUGGGCAUCGCUCUGAGGCGCCAACUGCUGCUCCAUCCCGAUUGGCUGACCAUCGGUGGGCUUUUAGCAGGAGCUGUGCUAGUCCUGUGUCUGUGCGUCAUCAUAUUGGUCCUGUUCAGGGAGUAUGGCUGGCCUGAGAAAGUGCCAGCGCAGGCCAGGUACCGUCAUCUGCAGCUCCGGUACAACAUGGAUGACUAUUCAUCCAAGGGCUCCAGGGUGGUGGCGGUGAAAAAGGCACACCGAAAUCUGCAGGUGGGGCUGAUGGAGGAUUCGGGGCAGAGAGGUAAACCACUGACGUCAUACAACAGCAGACAUGCUGGAGACUUCUUUUAUGAAUUCUGGGACUAUGAAGAGCAAGUGGAUUUGGAAGCAUUCAGUUCUAGUACCUUCUAUGAAAUCCUGCUCAAGCACAGCGUGUCUGUCACCGUUCGUCUUGGACAACUCAAAGGGGAGGUGAAGCAACUCUACCAGGGGCUGCAGGGGAAGCUGAAGGAGCUCCACCCUGGCUGGAGGAUGUUUAGAGGGAAAGGUGAAGGUUUGGAGAGGCAGGUGGAGCAGGAGAUGGUGCGGCGCAGGGCGAUGGCCAAUCAGAUGAUUCAGCUGCUGGACAGUCAGAUGCAGAUCCUGCUGGUGGAGAUGAAGGCCAAGCAGGCCAUGCAGAAGGGCUUCAGAGCGCGGAUGAGGGAGAGCUUGAGGCUUCUCAGACUGGUGGCCGAGGGUCAGGCCUCGCUCUGGGACAAACACAUCAAACAACAUGUUGUGGAGCAAGUGUCUGUUCUGGCUGAUGAGAUGACUGAGAUGGUAUCAGUGGAGAGCCAGAGGGCAGGCGCCUGCUCUGUGCUCAAAGAGGGCACUGGAGCACAGCUACUAUGCCCUGCUACUGGAGCCGUCCUCAGCAGGGAGGACGUCAUCGCUCCUGAUGGAUCUGUUAGAACUUGCGACGCUGUUCAUGUAGAUCCCCUCACAGGCCUCAUUCAACCCAACUCUAAUGCCCAUAUGUUACUGGCUAGUGGUCACAGCAUGCCUGUGCCCCCGGACUUCUUCCUGCACCCCCAGACUUGCAAACUACUGCCUUUGGCUGGAAAUGUGGACUUUGAUCCUGCUUCCUCCACCCUUGUCUUUACAGCCGAUGCUGGCGUUGGCGAGAUGGGAAAAUGGGAAUCACCCUUACUGCCUUUCAUCCCGUACCCUUCAUCCCGUUACACUGAAAUCCAGGCUGCUUCCAAAUUACGGGGGCUUCGUUCAGGCCAGAGGCUGGUGCUUGGUGGACCAAUGUGCGACUAUGACACUGGCGUUUUGGUGCCUAUUCUUGCAGUCACCAUCCAUCCUCAAACAGGACUGGUUUAUCCUUUGGGUGGCGUGUACACAUGUCCCAUCUCACGUCUGCGGCAGCCCAUUCAGAUUGGCUCUCCAAUGUUGGACCCGCGCACAGGAAACCUGGUGCUCAUCACGGGGAUCAGUCUCGAUCCUCAUACAGGGGCUGUGCUUCCAGUCGGAGGGCUCCUCCUGGGCGAGUCCUUCAUCGAGCCCUUGAGCGGCCGGAUGGUGCGGGUUGGUGGAGGCAGCGUGCGAGGAGGGAAGGUGGUGCCUCAUGCUGGGGGUUUCCAGGCUCUGCUGGACAGCCAGGCUCUGGGCAUCUGCUUGCGGGUGGCGGAGCUCCUGCGUGGAUGCGGUGAGGAGUGGAGCUCAGCAAAUGCAGAUCCUCAAGGUGACCUGGACAGACUCUCAGCAGCAGCUUCUGAGUUGGAGCAGGCCUGGAGGAGCAGCCAGCACUGUAUGCUGCAGAUGCUGAGUCGCCUGGAGGCUGUACAAGAACAGGCCAGGGCUGUGCUGGAGGACGGCGGGAGUGUGGGGGAGAUUAAGCUUCCUGGCAAUGAGCUCUCCUUGCCGGCUCUACCCGGGCUGGAGUAUCCUGACCCCGGAGGCUCGGGUUUACGCGUGCCAGUUCUCGGCGCUCAGUUGGACUGGGUGUCAGGCUGCAUGGUGCCCUUGGCAGGAACCAUGGAGGAUGCAGAUGGCAAAGGCCUGGUUCCCAUACGGUUUGGAGCUCAGACGGUGGACCCGGUGACAGGGGUAAUCGCUUCGGUUGUAGGGGCCAAUCUGGAUGUCUGGAAGCGCAUCAUAGUUCCUGUAACCACAUCCCAGAUUCUGAUGUUAGGAGAAAACCCAGUGGAAACCCUCCAGAAGGAGAGCAGCGAACGGAGCAAUUACUGGCGCGAGCAGACUCUGAAGGAGGACGAGAUGCUGGGGGAUUUUGACAGAGCCGUUAAACACUAUCUCUCCACAUCCGUUCACGAGUCCGACUGUAUAGACUGGACAGACACGGACAGGCAGUUGAGGGAAACGGCUGCUGAGAUUCAGGAAAGUGCUCAGUGUGAGGUCCAGAGAAAAGCUCUCCAGAAGUCAGAUUUAUCUCUGCUUCUACCAGCCCAUGUGUUACACGCUCUCACAGGAGGAGACGAGGAGGAGUGGGAGCAGCAGUGUUUCUGGCACACGGAGCUUAAGGCCGUGAUAAACCGAGCAAAUGUGUCAAUGGAGAGACUACGGAGAGAACGGGAUCAGCUGUCGGCACAGGAUCCGGUCAGCUUGAGACAUAAAAACACGCUCUUCCUCUGACAAAAACAACAUACAACGCUGACUGUUGAGCUCAUUACCACAUUGUUAAACAGCUGAGCGAGCAGAUCAAUGCUUUAGGAGCUUGAUAGCUUUCACGUGAAUGCCAAUAUUCUGUCUAUUUUCCAGUUUAAUGGAGUGUGGUCUGGGAUGAGUGAUUGUCUUGUGAUUAUCACAGGAUGGGAAUUUGAGGGAGCAGGAACUCUGGGAGCAAUUAUUGCAGAGACAAGCAGAGCUGGAUGCUGUGCUCUCGUCUCUGCGCUGUGCUCGUCAGGUCUGCCAGCUGCGUGCUGAAAUUGCGCAGGUAAGAACUGCUUGUGCUGCUGACCGACAUGUGUACAGCAAUGCCCUUGGUUUGCAUUACAGCUGUCAGAAAGAAACCUUGUACAUUAUGUUUAUUUGUUUUAUUUUUUCAAAUAAUGAAACAUUUCAUUGUUAAAGUUGAUAUUGUGGGUUUAUACA